UCACUAGCUUUUGUAUCCAAUAAUCGAGUAACAAAUACAUCACAUUUAUAGUAUCCUCCAAUCCCCUACCCUCCUCAUACUACUCUGUAACUUUUUACAUUAAGCAUGGAAAUGGUAGGCAAGAUUGCAUGCGUUGUGCUUUUGUGCAUGGUGGUGGUUGCACCUCAUGCAGAGGCACUGACCUGUGGUCAGGUUCAGUCUAGAAUGACCCCUUGCCUCCCUUAUUUGACGGGUUCUGGUCCUCUUGGACGUUGCUGUGGUGGAGUUAAAGGUCUGUUGGGUGCAGCUAAGACCCCAGCAGAUAGAAAGACAGUAUGUACUUGUCUGAAAUCAGCAGCUGGCAGUAUUGGCGGCAUUAAUGUGCGCAAAGCUGCUGGUCUCCCUAAUAUGUGUGGCGUCAAUAUUCCUUACCAGAUCAGUCCUUCCACUGAUUGCACCAA